UCAUCAAUUCCAUAAAGACGACAUUCAUUGUGUUGACACUAUGCAUGCUAUAUGAUUUCAAUUCCACAACUUCAACAAUGUCCAAUAUGCUCUUUCACAAUGCCUUUGGUGAGUGGUUGACUAAAGGGCCUAAAGACCAUACACAGGGAGCCAUGAAUCUGCCUUUCAAGUUCCACAAAACUAGAAGAAAUUAAUUAACCCAUUUAACAGAUAGCCCCUUCUCCAUACCAACACACAAAGCUACCAAAUAUGUACACCUUCUUGACUUCCAAACGCCCACUUUUCUAAGGUACUGAUCAAGAUUCAAGCUUCAUGAAUUCCUCAAUAAAAUACUUCUGUCAUAUCUAGAAGAAUGCGAUUCGUCGAAGAAAAAUCCUUACUUGUAGCCUUCAAAGAAAAAAUUUUCCAGUUAGGUGGGUUUGAAUGGAAGAAUUAUAUAUGUUGAUGUCAACCAGAGUUGACGAGGCGGUGAUGCCUAAUGUGUACGUAGGAUGGGGAUGAUUCUAAAUCUAUAUAUAUCACAUGGAUUGGUGAUGAAUAAGCAUGUGUAUGAGUAUGCAUAUAUUAAUUACCUACCAGGUAAUUUCUCUUAGUUUAUUUUUUUUGUUGUUUGUGAAGUUCAAAGCGUGGGUUUUUUAUGAGAACGGAGGAGCACGCCAUUGAUAUUUAAUGUGAGGACCUCCGCAUUUGGGGUUUUGUUUAUUUGGUGUAUUUGUAUAUAUAUUGGUUGGGAGGUGAUCUCUCUUGUUAGCCAAAGUUGUGAUAUUGUGGCUUAACUUCGAUGGAAUCAAAAGAUGUGGAGCCUCCUUUCUUUCCUCCCCCGCUUCUUUCUACAAGGUGGUGGAGCAAGGACACAGUGGCCAUCGUCACAGGCGCAAACAAGGGCAUCGGCUUCGCACUCGUAAAAAGGCUUGCAGAAUCAGGACUAACUGUAAUCCUCACCGCAAGAGACGAAGCCAGAGGCCUCAAAGCCCUCCAAUCACUCGCAGCCCAAGGACUCCAUGUCCAUUUCUCCCUCCUAGACGUUUCAAACCCUGAUUCCAUCCAAACCUUUGCCUCUUGGUUCCAACACUCCUUCAGAAAACUAGACAUUCUUGUGAACAAUGCAGGAGUAUCAUUCAAUAACAUCAAUGAAAAUUCAGUCGAGCAUGCUGAAGUAGUGAUUAAGACUAAUUAUUAUGGACCCAAGAUGCUAAUUGAGGCGCUUUUGCCCAUGUUUCGUCGCUCGUCUUCUGUUAGCCGCAUUCUUAAUAUUAGCUCGAGACUUGGAUUAUUGAACAAGCUGAAAAACCCUAACAUAAAAGAGAUACUACUAGAUGAAGAAAAACUCUCCAAGGAUCAGAUUGAUCGCAUUGUUAGCAUGUUUCUAGAGAAUGUGAAGACCGGGACAUGGAAGAACCAAGGGUGGCCGGAGAUAUGGACAGACUAUGCAGUGUCAAAACUUGCCCUCAAUGCAUACUCAAGGGUUUUAGCAAAGAGAUACAAGGGGUGUGGCUUGAGUGUGAACUGCUUCUGCCCAGGCUUCACUCAGACCACCAUGACAGGUGGUAAAGGUAAUCAUACUGCCGACGCUGCUGCCAGUAUCGGCGCUAGGUUGGCCUUGCUUCCACCUGAGGAGUUACCAACCGGGAAAUUUUAUCUAGGGUUUAGCCCUCAAGUGUAUUCCAAGUUGUAGAAUGAACUGAUGAAUUCCAAAUUUAUAUAUCAAAUUAUCAAUGUUUUGGUUAGAAA